AUGGAUUAUACAUUAUUUCCAACAAUACCUGUCUUCCUAGAACGAUCGAGUUUAGAUCAUAGUUGGGGAUUUCGUCUUCAAGGUGGUAUUGACUAUAGAUUACCACUGUCGAUCAAAAAAGUUGUAAGUAAUUCACCUGCACAUAACAAACUUUUUCCGGGUGAUGGUAUUGCUUCGAUUGAUGGACAAGAUACAAGUUCAAUGAAACAUGAAGAUGCUGAGAAUAUUCUUCGAAAUUCACUUCGUUUACAACUUGUCCUUCGACGUGGUCAACUAACCACCAUUCGUCCAUCGAAACCCGCCGUUAAAUUCGGUUCGGGUCCGGCCACACCAAUCAGUUCCGCAUUGAAUAAUACAACAACAGCAAAUAAUUAUCGACGUUUUUAA